CAGGGAAAGUGGGCGAGGUCAGGUGUGUUGCCGUGGUAGAGGACAAACCAGUUUAUGUCUGGAGGGCGUGUACCUAUCUACCCACCUGCUUGACAAGCUUGUCACUCCGUCUAAACCACAUACACGUCAAAGACACAGGACGGGCAAAAACACUAACGCCCCUCUCUCCCCGUCUCUGUCACUGCUCACAAACAAGGGACACCUCUCCCACACAGACACAGUCCUCCAUCUCUCCCUAGUUUUCCCCUUAGUCUGAGCCCUCAAGAUGUCCACCAAGUCGAUCAGCACCCAAGCGGAUGGGAAGACGUUUGAGCAGCUGAGGCAGGAGUGUCUACAGAAGAAGAAACUGUUUGAGGACCCAGACUUCCCUGCCUGCGACUCAUCCCUCUACUACAGCCAGAGCGUGCCCAUCACCUUUGAAUGGAAGAGACCUGGGGAGCUCUGUGAGAAUCCCGAAUUCAUAGUCGGUGGGGCUGACAGGACAGACAUAUGCCAAGGAGCGCUAGGGGACUGCUGGCUCCUGGCAGCCAUUGCUUCUCUGACCCUCCAUAAGGAGACCCUGGCCAGAGUGGUGCCCAAUGACCAGGGCUUUGACCACCGCUAUGCUGGCAUCUUCCACUUCCAGUUCUGGCAGCACAACAGAUGGCUGGACGUGGUGGUGGAUGACCGACUGCCUGCUGUGAGGAACCGCCUGGUGCUGCUCCACUCUGCAUCCAACAACGAGUUUUGGAGCGCAUUGCUGGAGAAGGCCUAUGCCAAGUUGAACGGGAGCUAUGAGUCCCUGAAGGGAGGCUCUACCCUGGAGGCCAUGGAGGACUUCACUGGCGGCGUGGGGGAGACAUACGAAACCAAAAGCGCUCCAACCGACCUCUUCAACAUCAUAAAGAAGGCCCACGACAGAGGCUCAAUGAUGGGCUGCUCUAUCGACAUCACCAGCUCUGCUGAGUCAGAGGCCCAGACAGCUUCAGGACUGGUGAAGGGACAUGCCUACUCCAUCACAGGCCUUGAGGAAGUCAACUACGGAGGAAAAAAGAUCAAGCUGAUCCGGAUCAGGAACCCUUGGGGACAGGUGGAAUGGAACGGUGCCUGGAGUGACGAGUCUAGGGAGUGGAAUGUAAUCGACAGUUCUGAGAAAAAACGCAUUCUUCAGAACUCCAUGGAUGAUGGUGAAUUCUGGAUGGAGUUUGAGGACUUCAAGGCCAACUACGACAAGAUAGAGAUCUGCAACCUGACGCCGGACUCUCUGACGGACGACAGCAAACGGAAGUGGGAGGUGAACAUGUUCGAGGGCAAUUGGAUCCGUGGCUCCACCGCAGGCGGCUGCAGGAACUUCAUAGAUACAUUUUGGACCAACCCUCAGUUCAAGCUGACCCUGGUGCAUGCUGACGAUGAUAAUGACAAGUGCAGCGUGGUCAUCGCUCUGAUGCAGAAGAACCGCCGCGCGCUGAGGAAAGAGGGACUGGACCUGCAAACCAUUGGCUUUGCUCUUUACGAGGCCCCUGCAGAUGAGGACCACCUAGGUAAAGACUUCUUCCGUUACAAUGGGUCCAAGGCUCGCAGUAAGACCUACAUCAACGUGAGGGAGAUCUCUGAGCGCUUCACCUUGCCCCCAGGGAACUACCUGCUGGUGCCCACCACCUUCCAGCCCCACGACGAGGCCGACUUCCUCAUACGCAUCUUCUCUGAGAAGGCAGCUGGAACCAUGGAGAUGGGAAACACAGUAGAUGCUCAUCUGCCAGAUCCCCCAAUGCCCAGUCUACCAGAGGAGGAGACGGAUGAGGAGAAGGGACUGAGGAGGCUGUUUGAAAAUAUUGCUGGUUCGGACCAGGCCAUCUCUGCCAAUGAGCUUCAGCAGAUGUUGAAUGGAGUACUGAGCAGGAGGAGAGAAAUCAAGUUUAACGGUCUCAGUCUCAACACCUGCCACAGCAUCAUCAACCUGAUGGAUGUUGACAAUUCAGGGCAGCUUGAGUUUCAGGAGUUCAAGGUCUUCUGGGAAAAGAUGAAGAAAUGGAUUAUGCUCUUCAUCUCUUAUGACACAGACCGGUCAGGGAAGAUGUCCUCCUAUGAACUCCGCAUAGCCCUCAAAGCAGCAGGCAUGCAUCUGAACACUAAACUCCUCCAGCUGCUUGGCUUGAGGUACGCUGAUGAUAACUACGACAUCGACUUUGAUGACUACCUCACCUGCAUCGUCCGCCUGGAAAAUAUGUUCAGGGUUUUCCAAGCAUUGGACAAAAGCAAGAAAGGCGAGGUCAAUAUGAACAUGCUGCAGUUCCUCCUUCUUUCCAUGAACGUCUGAAGAGGAUCCAGCAGAAGAACAAAGUAAAAUAAAGGGCUUGGGAUGCAAUAUGUGUUGCUUGCAAAUACACUAAUCUCGAGUCGUUCCCGCUGGGAACGAGGUUAGCGAAUACAUUAGUUAUAAUCCAUGCGUAAAACAUAUGCUAUAUAGCUAUGUUUUAAUGUAUGCCUUUGUCUCUCUUGAAUUCACUCUUUUGUUUUAAAACGAAACAGACAGUUUGGAUCGUAUGCCCCUUGUAUUUGACAACCAGGGGAAUUUGUGUUAAAUUCUGUUUACAGAGUUGCUCCAAUAAUAAAUAAUGCACUGAUAAAGUUAAAA